AUGGAAGGAAACAUCAUUGUUGAUGGAAGCUUUGUAAGUUUUAAAUUUUCGGAAUUUGUUUAUCGGAAUUUAUUAUUUAGUGAAUAUUUUUCUGAUAAAUUGCCAGAUCGCAAGACAUCUUUUUUAAAGUCAAUCCCUUGUGAAAAAGUUGAUCAGAUCAAGAAUGAUAGAAAUGCUAUUUUGACUCUUGCUCAACAAAGCAAAGCUACUGUUGCUGAAGUUUCACUUCUCGAUUUUGCACUCGAUACUAGACAUUAUUCUCCAAGAGUUAAAGUUCAAUACACCAAGAAUACGAACAUUGUUAAAUCGAAUUUAAAUACCAUUGUUCCUAAGAAUGUUGAGGAUAUUGAAGUUUUGGAUCAUACUUUUAACAUUAAUUCCGAAACACAAAUUAAUUUUAUUUAUUCAGACAUCACAACACAAGAGGGAUGUAAAUUUGUAAAGGAAAAUAUUGAUUCAAUUAAACCAAUCGUUUUACGAUUGGUAAGACUUGAUUCAACAGGUUCAAUUGACAAGGAAGAAAUGAUAAAGGAAAAAUACAUGGAAGAAGCCUCAAGUGAUUUACUCUCUAUUCGUGGUUAUGGUGUGGAAUUACAAAUCAAAAAUAUGGAAUACAAACAAACUGCCGACGAUGAUGUUGUUAGUGGAAAUGACACCUUCUAUAAGGGUGUUAACUUUAACAAGUUGAAGAAGAAUUAUCCUCACUUGUCAAAUGACUUGGAUACCCUCAAGCUUCACAUUCAACAAAGUGAUUCCAAAUCGGAGAAGCUUAAGGUUUGGGAAAUGAAAUAUUUUGGUGUACAAGCAAUGAAAAAGAUUAGCGACCAACCUUCAUUUGAUGAAAAAAUCAAAAUGUUACAAGAUAUUUCACAAAACUUCCCAAGUUACAUGAAAGAAUUGAAGAAUACAGCAUUUGAAAACAGUUUUAAAGACCAAAUCCAAUCACAUUUGUCCAGAUAUGAUGGAGAAUUCAAGUCUAGAAAUCCAAACAAUCCACAAGAAGUUAUUAGAAGAAAUGCUUUGUUUUUGAAUGGUUUAGAGUUGGAUCUUACAAAGUUGUCUGUCUUCUCUUUGUUUGAAACUAUGGAUAAGGAAUUGAAGCUUGUCAAGUCCCUUUCAUCAGAUUAUCAUCUUAGUUCCAAUUCUGUUGAAUCAGUCUUGUUUACUCCUUCUACUGCUAGCAAGGACUUGAGAUUCAAGUUCUCCUCUGAAUUAGAAAAGCAAGUUAUUUGGUUCAAUAAUAUUGAAAGUGAUAGUUACAAUAACUUCCCAAGAGAUCUCAAGUCAAUGCUCCAUCCAACCAUGUAUGGACAAAUGAGAUUUGUAAGAAGAAAUUUGUUCAAUGUUGUUUUCAUUUUGGAUCCUGCAAGUACACAAAAACAAGUAGCCCAAUUACUUUACAUCCUUGGUAACAUUAUGAACAGAGGUUAUCCAAUUAGAAUUGGUGCCUUGUUUAUUCCAAAAGUUUCUUCCGGUUUUGUUGACGUUGACCUUACUGGAUCAUCCUCUGCCUCCCCUGAAACUGUUGAUGAAUUGUCUUUGCACGCUGUUUCUUUAUUGGAACGUAUGGCUAAGGAAAACAGAGCUGUUUUCCCAAUUCUUAGGGAAUUUAUGGAUAGAGAAUCCUUUGAUAGUCAAUUUGUUGAUGAUCUUCAAAAAAGAUUCUUUGGCUCUGUAAGAUUAAUGUCGCAACAAGAACUUAUUAGUAGAUACAGAAGUUUUACAAAUAUGGGAUUUGAUGUUAAGUCAUCUCCAAUUGUAAUGGUAAACGGUGCUGUAAUUCAAGGCGAGGAGCAAGACUCUGGUGACCAACUUGUAAUGAAGGGAGUUAGAGAACAAUACGAUGCUGUUAAGAAUUUAAUUGAAAAUAAUGUAGUUGUAGAUAAUGACAAGAACCUAUUGGAAAAGAUAAUUAACCACUAUGGUGGGUUUGAUAAGUUCAACUCUGAAAUCUUCAGUAAGAAACAAUAUGGUAUUGUAUCCUUGGGUGAUAUUGAUCAAAUUAAUUUUGUUCAACAUCCUGAAAGUGGAGGAGUUGUUAAAAAGACACACAUUGUCUGUGUAGGUGAUAACCAAGACGCAUCAUUAUUAGUUAAGGAAGCUAUUUCAUUCAUCUCCAAAAAUCAGAAGACAAGAAUUGGUUUCUUGAAUGUUGCUGAUUCUAGUUUUUCAUCUCUUGCUAAAUACCAUGUUCUCUACAAACCUAAUGGAUCUAAUCAAUUAUCUGGUAAGAAUUUCUGUUCCAAACACUUUAAUGCCAAAGAAUCUGGUAUUAUUUCUAUGAAUGGUAGAAUCAUCCCGCUUACUAAUUUAUUUACAAGCAAAGAUAUUACUAUUCUUGAUGCCUUCGAGGAUGUUAACUCUGCCAUUAUUUCUACAAUUGAAUCAAAUUCCUACUCAACUGUUGACCCUGAUAUUGUAACAAGUGAUUACUUGAGCGAUGUUCUCUUUGGUGUUUCAUCUGUAUUGAAGGUCUUCAAUCAGUAUAAGAGACAAGAUUUGAACCAUGUUCAAUCAAGCAGUGUUGCUACUCUUGAAACUGAGUCAAAUCCAUCUGCAGAAAUCAAGUUGAUUGCCAUCCUCAAUCCACUCUCCAAAUUUGCUCAAAAAAUUUCUCCACUUAUUAGAUUUGUUAAGGAAAAGCUUGGAAAAUCUGUAAACGUGGUUGUUCAUCUUAAUCCAGAUCUUGAAACUUCAAAUUUACCUCUUCAAAGUUAUUACACAUAUGUUUUAUCUGGGUCAAGUGUUGCAGAAUUCAAUACUAGAUUCUCAGAUGUUAAAGGACGUAUUUUCACCAUGUGGAUGGAUGUUCCAGAAUCUUGGUUGGUUGAUAGUACUUACGCUAAAGAAGAUUUGGAUAACUUGAAGCUCGAUGAAUGUGCCUCUCAAAAGUGUUAUGCUCGCUUCCAAUUGGAAUACUUUGUUGCUUCAGGUACAUGUAUUGAUGAUAAUGGAAGACCAGUUAGAGGAUUACAAUUACAACUGGUCCACAACUAUGGUGUCAAUGCUACAAAUGUUGACGAUACUACAUUGGUUAUGGCAAACUAUGGUUAUUUCCAACUUAGAGCUUCUUCACCAAAUAUUUAUUCUGUUAACCUUCCAAAGGGUAGACACUCUGAUAUUUAUUCUGUUCAAUCCACUAAGCAAGUAGAUUUCUACUCUCAAAGUGAAUUGCAACAUUCUGAUGGAUAUGGAAGUGCUGAUACAAAGAAAUUCCUUAUUUCAGUUCAUUCAUUUGAUGCACCAUUUGCAAGAGUUGUUGUUAAGAGAAAUAGUGGAAUGGAAAAGGAAGAUCUUUUAGCACCUACUCCAUCUUCUGGUGGCUGGAGUUCAUGGCUCUCUUCUAACAGCAACCAAGAAAAGAAGACCAUUCACAUUUUCUCUUUGGCAUCAGGUUUGAUGUAUGAAAGAUUGUUAAAGAUUAUGAUCUUGUCAGUAAGAAAGCAUUUGAAGAGAAGUGAUGUCAAAGUCAAAUUCUGGUUCUUGAAGCAAUUCUUAUCUCCUUCUUUGAAGCAAUUCUUACCAGAAUAUGCCAAAGCUUACAACUUUGAAUACGGUUUAAUCAGCUACCAAUGGCCUCACUGGCUUCAUAAGCAACAAACCAAGCAAAGAUUAAUUUGGGCCUAUAAGGUUCUCUUCCUUGACGUAUUAUUCCCACUUCAAGAAGUUAACAAGAUUAUCUUUGUGGAUGCUGAUCAAGUUUGUAGAACUGACAUGUCAGAAUUAUUCUUUGAUUUGGAUAUGCAAGGUAAAGCUUUGGCCUACACUCCUUUCUGUGAAUCUAGAAAGGAGAUGGAUGGUUACAGAUUCUGGAAGACUGGUUAUUGGGCCAACCAUCUCGGUGGAAGACCAUACCACAUUUCUGCUCUCUAUGUAGUUGAUAUUGAUAUGUUUAGAAGAAAUUAUCAUGGUGAUCAAUUUAGAAUGGUUUAUGAUAAUCUUGCCAGAGAUCCAAAUAGUUUAUCCAAUCUCGAUCAAGAUCUUCCAAACUAUGCUCAACACAAUGUUCCAAUUCGUUCACUUCCUCAAGAAUGGUUGUGGUGUGAAAGUUGGUGUUCAGAUGAAAGCAAGGCUAAAGCCAAGACAAUUGAUCUUUGUAACAAUCCACAAACUAAGGAACACAAAUUGGCAAGUGCCAAGAGAAUUAUUCCUGAAUGGACUGAUUAUGAUAAUGAAAUUAAGGAUUUCCAAAAGAAAUUAGUUGUUGGAAAAUAAAGAAUUUAAUUACAAUUUU